UAAAAAUCUUUCUAGUACUUGGGGCUCGAACCUCAGCCUCUGUUUCCUUUCUCUGAAUUUUCUUGAUGUUCUCUCUUUCGAUUGUAUGAACAAAGAAACCCCACCUGACUAAAGUAGCCAUUUCUUCAUUCCAGAUUCUUUUUUCUAUGCAUUUUAAUAUGGUGACAUUUUAUUCUUAAAUAUUUGGGAUUUUAUUUUAUUUGUUUGACAGCUUCCGUGUCAGUACAUUGUUUCUUGUUUAUUAUUUCAUAGGGAUAAAGCGUUAUAAUCUGGUGAAUUCUGGUUCUUUUUCAUUAAAAAAAAUAAUAAUAAAAUUAUUGGGGUUUUUGAAAAUUCUGCCAGCAAAAGGGGAAAAAAGAAGGAAACUUCAUUCUUUGGUUUCGAGAUCGUGAAAGUUUUAGUAAAUGUUCUUCUUUACUUCAGUGCUAGACUUAUGUUUAUUGAGGUCAUUAAAUGGAAAUGGAUGUGUUGACUGGUGACUAGGAUUGCAAAGUGAUUUUAGCAAAUGGCAUUUUAUGUUAUGAAUAUUGAGAAUUUUAGGAGGGCUUUUCCUGACAGAUUUCUGUUGUUUGAAAAAUUCCCAGACUUUUGAGCUGAGAGAUUUCUUUAUAUCCCUAUGGUUUUCUUCUUGGUUGGUGAAUAUCUAAUAGCAUGCGUGUGACGAGUUAACAUUUGAUGAGGCUUGUGUGAGUUUUGGGGUUUUUACAUGCCAUUUUUGCGCUUCUUUGGUGGCGAAUGUGGUUCAGGGAGGGGCCAGAAGUGUACUUUGUGUAUUAAGAUGACGAAUGAUUUGUAGUUUGUUUCUUUGAAAUAUGGAGCAUAGGUUACAAUUAAUUAUGUUUUACCAUGAAUGUUAAAGACUUGGAGCUGUAGAAUUAUACCGAAUUCGUCUGCUUUUCAUUUACCAUCUUCUGGAGAGAUGGGUUGUGCUGCAUCAAGAAUUGAUGAAGAAGAGAGGGUGAGAAUUUGCAAGGAGAGGAAGAUGCUGAUGAAAAUUUUGUUAAGAUAUCGUGAAGAAUUUGCUAACGCUCAGUUGGCAUAUUUGAGAUCAUUGAAAAAUACUGGAGUUACACUCAGGCAGUUUACGGAAUCCGACUCCCUGGAACUUGAGGAUCCCACUUCUGUCCCGGCAUUGCCUCCUUCCCCUCCGACCCCUUUGCUGUCUUCUCCUCCACCUCCACCUCCCGUUCCGCCUGCUUUCAUGAGAAAGUUUGAGGAUAAACAGCCAAACGUUGAAGUUGGUCGAGGAGAAAUAAUAGAAGUUGAUGAGGAGAGUACUCACACUCAACAACCACUUGUGUGGGCCGGGGAAUAUUGGGAAAAUGUGAUAAUGGGGAAUAUUGCUUCUUCAUCGCUUGAAUGUGAUAAAAAGUGCGACACUGUCGAGGAGGAAAAUUGGGAAGACACUAAUACUGAAUUUCUUGAAGAAGAUGAUGAGGAAGCUGUUGUUACCACCGUCGACGAUAUUAUGCCCAGGAAGCAGCAGAUUGUUGAACUGGUCGAUGAUGAUUCGUUUGUGAUGAGCUGUAAUUCAAAUGAUACUUCAGACAAGGCUAUGGUAGUUUGGCGAAGUAAUAAGACCUUGACUGGUAUUGUUAAGGACUUGGAUGACUACUUUGUGAAAGCAGCAGGCGGAGUGAAGAAUAUAGCUGUUUUUGUAGAUAUCAGUAUGGGCGACACAUUCCUUUUCCGCGGUAUCAAAGAAAACAAGAGGAACAGAAGCAGUUCAGCAAAAGUCUUUAGCUCCCUGACGUGGAGUUGGUAUUCUAAAUCAUUUCGCUCCACAAGAGAAACUGGAGAGGUCUAUGUCUCUGGUGAGCCAUGUAAGCCUGGAGCCCAUUGUAUUACCCUCCAAAAACUUUAUUUGGAGGAGCAAAAGAUCUACAAAGCAGUCAAGGAGGAAGAGAGUGCUAAGGUGGGGCACCAGAGAAAAUCUUCAUUGCUAGGUAAACUAGAGGAAGAGCACAAUUUGGCUAAAUCUGAAAAAACUCGUUCAGCUGUUGAAAAUUUGCAGUCUUACAUCUUAUCUCUGCAACAAUCAAUCAGUCAGUCUUAUGAAACCAUAUUAAGGCUCAUAAGUGAGGAGCUCCACCCUCAGCUGAUUGCACUAUCUUCUGGAUUGAUGCAUUUGUGGCAAACUAUGUAUGAUUGCCAUCAAGUCCAGAAUCAUAUAUCUCAACAGCUAAAUCAUAUAGAAAAUCGGCAAAACACAGAAUUUAGCAGUGAAUACCAUCGGGAGGCUGCAGCUCAGUUAAAAACAGAAGUCACUUAUUGGUACAACAGCUUCUGCAAACUCGUAAAAUAUCAGAAAGAAUAUGUAGGAGCUCUCUGCAAAUGGACUGAAUGCACUGACUGCUUUAGAGAUGUUGAUGGAUGUGGUAACACAUCAAUGGUGCAUUCUCAUGCCCUUGCUGAAGAAUGGCUGCUUGCACUUGAUAAAUUACCUGAUAAGAUGGUCUCAGAGGCAAUUAAAAGUCUAUUAUCAGCUAUUCACACAAUUGUCUUGCAGCAGCACGAGGAAGUCAAUCUGCGUAAAAGAUCCGAUAAACUGGGAAGAAAAUUGGAAAGGGAACUUACUUCUCUUUCGGAAGCGGAGAUGAAGUUCGAUUGCAGCCUCUCUACCGAAGAUACAAAUUCCGCCUUGACAUCCAAGAAUCUGUUGUUAAUUAGGCGUGCUAAAGUCGAGGCCCUAAAAAGAUUAGUGGAUGACGAGAAGGCCAAAUACGGUAAAUCUGUUCAAACAACCCAAACCAUGAUUCUGAACAACCUGCGGACAAGCCUUCCCAACGUGUUUCAAGCUUUAAUGGUUUAUUCGAAUGCUUAUGCUCAGAGCUUUGAGGUCAUUCUUAGUAGUGAAUCAAUAGUCGGACAUGGCCGCACUCAACCUGCAACUUUUAUUAGCGCUUAGUUUCUUUGUGUGAUAAUGUCCAUGACUCUAGGCUUUUUUGCUAAAAUGAAAACUUCAGUUCAUUAACACUUGACUUCUAUAUAGUUAGGAAUACAGGCAUGGACACUGCAAAGGAUUUCCAGUUUUCUCCCGCUAGCUGGUAGAGAUGAACAGGGUUUGGAAUGGAUUAUCAAAUAUCUCGGCAGGAGACAUACUGUGUGGUGGUUGUCAUCCUCCCGCUACUGCCAUCUUGUUCUAUCUUUUGGUUAGAGAUUUCUCUAUACGAAUAGGAGUUGACAAUGAGUUACUGCAAAUGGAGGUCUCUUGUAUCCCUUGUGUUGAAAUCAUAUCCAGAUAAAUUACUUUUCUUGUUUCUGAAA